AUGUCAUUUGCUGGGUACUCUGGUAAUUCCAAUUCGAACUCCCAUUUCAAGAGGCGGAACACCACGCAGACCGAUAGAGAUGGUGCCAAUACACAUAAUAAGAGGUCAAGGCCGAAUAAUUAUAGUAAAAAUGCUGAUUUUGCGAAGAGUAACGAUAUGAAUGAUAGGAACAAUAGCAAACCAGAGUUUACAGGCUCGAGGUACCAAGGUGGGAAAGCCAGCAGGUUUCCGAAGAAGGAUUAUGAAGAGAGUUCGAACAAGAACAGGAAUAGAAAUCAAAAUACGAAGAGGUUCCAAAGCACAAAACCAAACAGAAAGCUGAAUGUUAAUGAGAGUCGAUUUAGAGAAGACUACAACAAUAAACAUGGCAGAAUCUCUACACGUUACAACAAUUUCACAACAGGCAAUACAAGCGAUAUACGGACUAAUGGUAACAACACGCCUUUACGACAGGAUGACAGAAAUACUAUAACCAGGCCAUCUAACAAUGCCAAUAAUAACCAGGAUUCAGGCAGGAAAAUAUUUGAACUUCCCAAGGGACCAAAAUCAACAAUAUCUAGAUAUAACACUGGAGAACCAUACAAAGGUACAAAACCUCAAUCUAUACCAACUCCUACUCUACCUACUACUUUCCUAUCGAGACCCAUGAACGACUCCGUGUAUGAACGAUUAUUACAAGUUGGUGAAGGUACAUAUGGUAAGGUCUACAAAGCUAGAAAUACAGUUACGAAAGAACUUGUUGCACUCAAGAAGUUAAGACUACAAGGGGAAAGGGAAGGAUUUCCAAUCACUUCAAUUAGAGAAAUCAAGUUAUUACAAAGUUUUAACCACGAGAACGUGUCAACAAUAAAGGAAAUUAUGGUGGAAAGCCAGAAGAUCAUAUACAUGAUCUUUGAGUAUGCCGACAAUGAUCUUGGGGGGUUGUUACUAAAUAAACAGAUCAAUAUUAAUGCGGCACAAUCGAAACACAUAUUCAAACAAAUUCUUCACGGUAUCGAAUACCUACACGAUAACAACAUACUACAUCGUGACAUAAAGGGCUCUAAUAUUCUUAUAGACAAUCAAGGCUCACUUAAGCUCACGGAUUUCGGUUUAGCUAGAAAAAUAGAUUGUAACAGAGAUGCCAUCCGAGAUUAUACAAAUAGGGUCAUAACGAUAUGGUAUAGGCCGCCCGAGUUGUUGCUAGGUACAACAAAUUAUGGACCUGAGGUAGAUAUGUGGGGUUGUGGGUGUAUACUUGUCGAGUUGUUCAACAAGAUGGCAAUCUUUCAAGGUACAAACGAGCUGGAGCAACUUGAGGCUAUUUUCAAAGUCAUGGGCUCUCCAAGUAUAGAACAAUGGCCGAAUAUUUUUGAUAUGCCCUGGUUCUUCAUGAUUAUGCCUCAACAAGCUACCAAAUAUCCAAACGUUUUUGAGGAAAAGUUUAGGGCAGUGCUAGAGACAGACAAUUGCUUCAAGUUGGCACAGGGUCUACUACGUUAUGAUCAAGAAAAGAGGCUAACAGCCAGCGAAGCGCUACAAAGCGAAUAUUUCAAAGAAGAUCCUCAACCGCAGCCUCUAAUAUUGAAUGACGCUAUAAGUUGCCACGAGUUUGAAGUAAAGCUGGCCAGAAAACAACAAAAAAAGAAAGAACAGAGCAAGUCUACCACCUCUUCUGCUUAA